AUGCACGAGAUCCUAGUAAUUACUUGCCCAAGCGGCAGACAAAGUUCUCAUCUCAUUCCUCUGUUAUACAAUAGAUCCAGAUUCAAACUCCGUCUAGCAGCCCACACCUCCGAAUCCGCCUCUCGUCUCCAAACCACCUACCCAGAAGCUGAGGUGCAAAUAUGCGACAUAUCCUCUCUCACUGAAUGCCGCAAGCUUCUCAGCAACGUAACAUCAGUCUACCACGUGGGCCCCUCGCUUCACUCCCGUGAGACAGAAAUCGGGGUGAACAUGAUCGACGCAGCCGUCGCCGAGAGCCAAAAGCCGGAUACCAACUUCAAGCACUUCGUCUAUUCCAGCGUGCUGGGCACCCAGCAUCGAAAUCUCAUGCAACACGAUCACAAGAGUCGCGUCGAAGAAAGACUACUCCUAAGUCCUCUGAACUUCACAAUUCUCCAGCCAACCAAUUUCAUGGACGUGUACCCAGUCGCUGAACUCGCGAAGAUAGAGAGCCCGUCUAUCGAGUAUAUCUGGAACAUGUACAAUCCACAUAUUGUCAAUAGUCUAGUUGCGCUCAAAGAUCUAGCGGAAGCUGGGGCCCGGGUUUUGGACGAGCGGGAAGCACACUAUUUCGCUCAGUAUCCUCUAUGCUCGACGUUCCCGGUAUCUAAUGCGGAUUUUAUUCAGGUUAUUGGGAAGCAUAUCGGUAAGAAGAUCGAGGUUCCAACUCCCACUUUUGAAGAGGGUGUUAGCAAGGUUCUCAAGCUUUUAUAUCCCGGGGAGAGCGGCGUGUAUAGUGGAACUCAUGUGCAUUCGGAUUUGAGAUGGCCGGCCUCACAGGGUGAAUUACGUCCUGAUAUUACAAGGGAUGAGGCUGAGAGGCUGAUUUUGUUCUAUAAUCGGCGUGGGUUGAAAGGGAAUCCCAGUGUUUUGAGGUGGUUGAUUGGGAGGGAACCUACGACUGUUGAUGAGUGGGUGAAGCUCCAAUUGAGAGGAUAG